AUGUCUCGCCGUCGAAUAUCCCACAGCGAAAUGAACGCGGCCACCGCCUACCCCUUCAUGCAGUCCAACGGUCAAUCUGACGGCCAACACAACGGUCAAUCAAACGGCCAACCCCCUCGCCGAGGUCCCAUCGAAGGUCCCAAUGGCCGUCGCCUCAUCCGUCGCGUCACAUGGCGCUCCUCCACAUACAAGCUCAUGGCCACCCUAUGGGUGCUUGCCGUCCUCUAUAUCGUCUGGCUAGUCCGCGACCUCUUCUUACCCUCCGAAUCCGAAUCAAAACCAACCCCUCCCGUUCAACCCGAACAAAAUUAA